AUGCCACCGAAAAGAACCCCAGUGAAAAAUCAAAAUAACAACAAUGAUAACGAUAGUGAUGAAGACGUCGAUGCGCUUAUCCACCUCCGUGAUAUGGCGCAAGCAAAGGUCACCAGGAUUAACUCCGUUUUGCAAAAUGCCAGAGUGGAGCAAAUCGAGCUCACUCUUCCGCAAGUGAAAAUGUAUAUAAAGAAGUUAGAAGCCGCAUACGCCGAGUUCACCACCAAUCAUCAGCGAAUCAUCGAGAAUAUUUCUGCAUCCAAAAGAAAGGAACACGACCAUUGCUACCUACAAUUCGAGGACCUUCACGACGGAGUUUCAAUUUUUCUCGAAACCUGGCUUGAAAAAAUCUCCAAACCACCAGUUGAUCCGCCACAGCACAUUGUCAAUCAGCAGCCGUUGAUUGUCCAGCAGCCACUUCCACGUGUCAUACCUACGUUCGAUGGAAAAUAUGAACACUGGGAGAGAUUCAAGAUUAUGUUCCGGGAUGUAGUGGACCGAACGAACGAAUCCAGUCGCAUAAAGCUGUACCACCUCGAAAAAGCAUUGAUCGGAGACGCCACGGACAUAAUAGAUGCGAAGACUAUCAGUGACGGUAAUUACGAACGGGCAUGGCAACUGCUCGAGGAACGCUUCGAAGACAAGAGGCGUAUUGUUCAUCUACACAUUGGAGGCCUCAUCAACGUGAAGAAACUGUUCAAGGAGAACUACGACGAUUUACGAAUGCUCGUCGAGUCUUUUAUCAGCCAUGUGGAGAAUCUCAAGUUCCUGGGUCAAGAACUUACUGGAGUUUCAGAGCAGAUUUUGGUGUACAUUCUGGCUGGAGCGCUGGAUGACGAAACCAAGAUGCAUUGGGAGUCUACAGUCAAGCGAGGAGUGAUGCCUACCUACGACGAAACCAUUACAUUCCUGAAGCACCGUGUCUCCGUCCUAGAGCGGUGCCAAAUCCAAGCACCACACAGCGAGGCUCAACCCAAGCAACAACGUGUCAAUCUUAAGCCAAUAACGUACAAGCCAUCGUUCCAAAAAGCCAACGCAGCUACAACACCGACGCAACAAGAACUUCGGUGUGACUUCUGCAGCAGCAAUCACUUCACCUACAAGUGUCCAUCGUUCAAGAAUUUAUCGAUCAGCCAGAGGUUUGCGCUGGUGAGAGAGAAAAACAUCUGCUUUAACUGCCUCCGAGUUGGACACCGAUCGACAGAAUGCAACUCCAAUAAGACGUGUUUCAAGUGCCAGAAGAAACAUCAUACCAUGUUGCACGAAGAGUCUCCGAUGCAGGAUGUAGCAGCACAAAGAAAUUCUGCAAGUCAACCAGCCAUCACGCCGCCGAUGGCAUCCGGAUCUAGUGAAGUAUCUUCCUCGUCCAGUAGUGAACCAUCCGGCAGUAAGCUGCCAGCGUGCAACCAUUCCCAGGCAGUAAAGACUGUCAUGCUUCUUACAGCCGUUGUCAAUGUGCGAGAUCGCAACGGAGGAGUUAUUCCAUGUCGCACCCUUCUGGACAACGGUUCCCAGGUAAAUUUAAUUUCCGAAUCAAUGGUUAACCGUUUAGGUCUGGAACGAAAGCCGGUGUGUAUCCCUAUCACUGGCAUAGGAGCAUCAAAAACGUACGCCAGAGACAUCAUCCUCGCCGAAGUUCAAUCCAGGAUAAACAAUUUCACCAUGGAGAUCGAAUGCUUGGUCGUUCCCAAGGUAACAGGAGUGAUUCCGUCAACAAAGAUCGAUACAUCAUCGUGGCCAAUACCAGCUGGUUUCCAAAUGGCCGAUCCGCAGUUUCAUACGCCAAACCAUAUUGACAUGCUUAUCGGUGUAUCAAAGUUCUUCCGUUUACUAAAGUCGGGAUUCUUCCAAAUGGCCGAUGACCUGCCAGAUCUUCGAGAGACCCACUUUGGAUGGGUAGUCGCGGGAGAUGUAGGAGAUUCCAUUACCGGUCAGCAGUAUGCACAUUCUGCAACGGUUGACCAAGUCCACGAAACGAUCCAACGGUUCUGGGAGCUGGAGGAAGUCCAGUCGGAAUCGUCUCCUGGAAGCGAACAGGAAGAGUGCGAAGCAUUGUUCCUUUCCACCUAUAGCAGAGACAAAUCAGGGAAGUAUAUCGUCCAGCUUCCCUUUCGUGAAGCAGUAGCCGAGCUUGAUGACAACCGUUCGCUUGCUCUCCGACGAUUUCUGUCACUGGAAAAGCGCCUGAAAAGAGAUCCAGAGUUAAAGUCGGAGUACACCAAGUUCAUUGAAGAGUACGAAUCCAUGGGACAUUGCAAAGAAAUCAACGAGAUGGACGAUUUACCCGAUCAACGUCGUUACUACAUGCCUCACCAUGCUAUCAUACGUCCAUUGAGUACCAGUACCAAACUGAGAGUGGUAUUCGAUGCCUCGGCGAAAUCACAUCCAUCGCAAAUUUCGCUGAAUGAAUCAUUGCAAGUCGGACCGACUGUGCAAAGUGACCUGCUCGAGAUCCACAUCCGAUUCCGCCAGCACAAAAUCGUCUUCACGGCCGACGUGACGAAAAUGUAUCGGCAAAUUUGGAUUGUUCCGUUCCAGACGUGCUUCCUUCGCAUUUUUUGGAGAACCAACUCAGCUGAUCCUCUGCGCGUAUUUGAAUUGACGACAGUCACGUAUGGUACUGCAUCCGCUCCAUUUCUGGCCACCCGGUGCCUGGUUCAGCUGUGUAAGGAUGAAGGUGCCGCAUUCCCAAUGGCAGCUCAAAUAAUCCUGGAAGAUUGUUACGUCGACGACAUCCUAUCUGGCACUGACAGCGCAGAAGAAGCGAUUGAUUGCAUCAACCAAAUCCAAGGCCUGCUGCAACACGGAGGAUUUCCCGUCCAUAAGUGGUGUUCCAACGAUCCAACUGUGUUAAAACAUAUUCCUGAUUGCGAUCGGGAAAAGUUGGUGCAUCUCGACCCCUCAUCCAACGAUGGAGUAGUUAAAGCCCUGGGAAUGAUUUGGAGUCCCGGAGAAGAUGAGUUCCGCUUCCAUACUAUCCAAUCUGCUGAGGAAAUUAUCACCAAGCGUCGAGUGCUAUCCGAAAUAGGGAAACUUUUUGACCCACUCGGACUCCUUUCACCGGUGGUAGUAAUUGCGAAAUUGUUGAUGCAACAGCUCUGGGUUGCUGGUAUUUCUUGGGAUGAAAACCUCGACGGAGAUCUACUUAUUUCCUGGCAACGAUUCCAUCAAUCUCUGCCUCAGCCCGGUAAUAAGGAUUCGGCAAUAAGGGAUACCGGCAAUAAGGAAUCCGGCAAUAAGGAUUCCUGA